AUGGUAAAAGCAAGAAGGGAGUCUGUAGCGCGCCAGAAUGCAAUUUCUUGGGAAACCGAUCGCAUUUCGUCUGAUAAUCUUUCAUCACAGGAAGUACUCAUGGCGUGGCUUCUGACGCCUGGCAAUGCCGAUCGAUGGCGCCGGGAGAAACGCACAAAGUUAAUGGAAGAACUAUUUCAAUUGCUAGAGGCAAACGGCAUCAAUCACCGAUCAAUUGAUGAAAUUCGAUCAAAAAUUAUGCGAAUGGAAAAUUCUUUUAAGUCUGCAAGUGCGCACUUGCUUCAAAAUGGUCAAUGGGAGGCAUUUAAACGAGGAGAUGCGACAUCGAACAUUGUUGAGCAUGUGCUCAUGCUGUGCCCACAAUAUCGAGAGUUGCAGCCAGUCUUUGGGAAGGAUGGUGCAAGAAAAAAAAAGCAGGUAAAGUCUCAGAGUGGCGCGGCUAGUGCUGCUUCUGAAAGUGUUGCUGGUGCAGCAAAAACUGCUGUGGAAAGCACCUUGAGUGCUGUAGUGAACAGGGCAAACACUUUGAAAAUGAUAAAUGCGAUUGAUGGUGGCUCCAAGAUGGGUGGAAAGAAGAUUCAGGAAGUUCACGAGCGUGUUCGAGCUAGAACAAAUGGAAUUGGGGGUGAAGAGAAGAACCUUUACGGUGCUGACACUACUACAAUAAUGGAAAAAAGCAAGCCAAAUGUCAGUAAUGCGAAAAAGAGUGUUCAUGUAGGCGAUGCUGAGAUGAUUAACGAUGCUAUUGAUUCGAAUAAAGGAAUUAGCCGAAGUCAAGACGACAACAGUAUUGCACAGUCUGUCGAAAACGGGGAUGAUGGCAUUCUCGUAGAUGACAUUAAUACGCUAGGCAAAAGCCGCAGUGACUUUGGAAAGGUGGAAGAGUGCAUUGUGAAUCAAGCAGAGGCUGAAGCCAAUGGCUUAAGAGCAAAAGAGAAUGCAUUCAAACGUGUUGACGUCAGAUAUGGAGCGAAAAAUUCUAUACAAAUGAAGGCUCACCCGACUGAGUGUGAUCAAAGUAGCGUGGAUGAAGAAGACAGCGACAAGACGGAGGAUGGAAACAGCGAGCAAGUGGAUGUUGACGACGCAGAAUACAGUGAUCAGUCUGAGGCAGUUGAAAAAGAAGUGGAAAAGUUGGACAGUUCAGAAGAAACUGACGAGGAGGUGGAGGAAGAAGAACCGACACAAUCUACUAAGACAGCAGCGGACUCAACUGACGAUAAUAGCUCAACAAGUGAGAGUCAGUAUGCCGAGCCAGAGGAUGAGAUCUCGUUAAAUCAAUUCAAGCCUAAGUAUGAACACGAUGUAAACAAUGUCGAGUCUGAAUACGAUGUCGAGUCUGAUGAGGACGAGUCUGAUAACGAAAACAAUGGAGAGAAAGACAUGGAGGAGCUCAGCGCGCAGAGCGAGUCGAGCAUCGAAGCCGACUCAUCACAUCAAACUCAAAAACGCAGCAAAAUUAGUGUAGCGCACCAUUCUAAUAGACCCAGCAAGCACGCUCGGACCGAGAAACGUACAAGCAAAGCCACAAUGGACCUCGAGCGCCUGGCAUUUAUCGAGCAUGCCAAACAAGAACGAGACCAACGCGAAAAACUUUUUGAGCUCGAGCGAGCGAAGCUCGAGUGCGAGCUCCAAUCAAAGCAAGUGCAGCUCUCAUUCGAGAGGUCUCUGGCUCGCAAGAAACUUCUUAGUGCGGGUGUUGAUCCUGAUGAGGUCAACCGAGUGUUGCCCCUUUCGUAA